AAAGUUAAACAAAUUAGUCGUUUGUUAAAUCUCACUAUUAAUAGUAAUAAUUUCAGACAGAGAAGAGAAGGGAAGAGAAGAGAAGAGAAUGACGGUGUUUCACUUCUUCAACUGCGCAAUCCUCACAUUCGGCCCCCACGCCGUUUACUACUCCGCCACUCCCUUAUCCGAGUAUGAUACGCUCGGUACCUCUAUUAAGGCAGCUCUUGUCUAUCUCGGAACAGCUUUAGUAAAGCUUGUUUGUUUGGCAACCUUCCUAAAGGUAUCCGAGAAUGAUAGCUUUGAUCCAUACCAGGAACUGCUGAAAGCUCUGAUUGGUUUUGUAGAUGUUGCUGGGCUAUACUUUGCCUUGACUCAGUUGACUCACAGGAACAUUGCUCAGAAUCAUAAAUUUCAAGCAGUUGGACUUGGGUGGGCUUUUGCUGACUCUGUUCUGCAUAGAUUGGCACCUCUCUGGGUUGGCGCUAGAGGACUAGAAUUUACAUGGGAUUACAUUUUGCAAGGCAUUGAAGCAAAUGCGAAUCUGGUGUUGAGUAUAUCCCUAGCUGCAUUGGGAUCUUUGAUUUGGCUCCGGAAAAACAAACCCAAGACACUGAUUCCCAUAAUAUAUGCAUGUGCAGUGAUUGUGGCAACCAUGCCAUCUAUCACAAGCUAUCUGAGGCGAGGUUUGGGCUGGCAUUUUCCAAAGGUGGUUGGCUUUGAACUGUUCACCUCACUUGUGAUGGCUUUUAUUAGUUGUCAGCUCUUUGCUGCAUGUCAGAAACCCUCCGCCUAAAGAAGCCUAUUGUUACCCCUCAUAUGGCAGACUGUUUGUCAAAGAAAGGUCUUCAAGGCGGCUUAAUUCUCAACGUCACCUAGAUUUGAUUACUCAUUCCCCCUAAGGUGGCUUAGCUGUUUUGCCUGAGGUUCUCAUUAUUUUUAAUUUGGUCUGUAGAAAUUGUUGGUCUAUUUUCUCUGUAGAUGUAGACACUCGAGUACACAUCUUCGAAAUAGAUUUUCUGCUGGGUAACCUCGGUAAAAUUUGCUUGGAUAGAACUUAUCAAAAUUUUGGAUGAAAAUUGAGUUGAGUAAGCUUUACAUUCCA